AUGGUCUUAGUGCUAGCUUACCACAAUCAUUCCGAGGUGCCUACAUCUUCAGGCGCUCAUUCAGUGACAGCAAGAACGCCACUGACACCGGUUGGUAGCCACAUCUUGUGGUGUCUCCAACCAGGAACAGUGGGGAUCACGCGCAAGGCGAGUAGCACCGACAGCACGACGUUUCUUUUAUGCCCGUCUAUUAGGUCAAGGGUUGGCCACCUCUCUGCUUCCACCACUCUGAGUUGGGCAUGGAAAACAGUACCCUUUUCGACAACCGGUUCGGCAUACGUAACACGUGCCCCAACUAGCGCAGCUUCUGGUGCUGGAUAUAUUUUUCACUGGAAGUACGCGUUGACACCCGUGAACCCGCUUUAUAUUUGCCUCGGUACGGAUUCGCCGACACCGACCCACACGUGCUAUGAUUCUGAGACAACGAUUAUCGAACACCUGAAGAAGAAGAGACUGGAGACUGACGAAGAGACCGAACUCCAUCACGAGGUGACGGGACAUUACCUUGGUGUGACGUUGCCUGGAAACAUCACAAACGAGAGAUUCAGCUGGGUUCCAGGUGAGUCUCUCGAAAAACCAAAUUGGUUGGCAAAUGAGUGUAUAUUCGCUGAAAGUAAGGCUUCUUCAGGUGUGGUGACCAUUACCUCAGAACCAUACCUCGUGUUGGCUAGUGUCGGUGAAUCCGCAACGAAGCAAUUCGAACACGAGUGUUCGAACUACCAGGUACUGCUUAGAAGCUAUAUAACCGCAGGUAGAAGAGGAGGAAUUCACCCACUCAACCCUGCACUGACGAUGUCACCUCGAAUGGUGAUGAAACGUUUGCAAUCCAACUGCCAAGCACGGCGAACAGACCAACAACGAAUCAACGCACCCGAGCUACCUACAUUCCACAACAGCGCUGAAUUUUUUGACGUUGAGGUAUCACCAACCCGUCACUUCCAAUCCUGUUUAUUUAUUGAAAUUUUGAGAGUGCUGUUUUCCAUGCCCAACUCAGAGUGGCGUAAACAGAGAGGUGGAAAACCCUUGACUUGGCAGAGGAGUAUGAAGGAGAUCACGAAACGCUUGGGUGCUACUCACCUUCCAGGAUGGGGACCGCGUGAUCCUCACUGUGCCUGGUUGGAGACACUACAAGAUAUGGCUGCCAAUCGAUGGCAGUGGCGAUCUUGCUAUAAAUCAUGGUUGUACGGCAGUGAAACAUCGGUGUUGAACACUGAUGUCAUGCUGUCCAUGACGAUGAUGAUGAUGACCAUGAAGUCAGAUAUUCUGUUGCGAUCGCACAUACUUACUGUUCUUUUUUUAGAAAGUGAGUAUUUUAGGUUGGCUGAAAAAAAAUACACUAAUUUGCAAAUCAAUUUGGUUUUCACGAGAUACUCAACUGAAUCCUCGUUUAUGGAUAUUCUACAACUGAAUGUGCUGCACACAGGCCACCUCAUGAUUCAGUUGGGACGAUUUUCGAGAUAUCGAAGCAGUUUCCAUCAAGAAACCAACCAACAAACCGAUAUUUCCAGGGUGGUUUUCACGCCUACCCGGUUCACUCGCCUCAGUGUCAAACUGAGAAUUGCAGGUGACACUGAUGAAAUUAAUCGACAAUCAAAUUCCCUGAGGAAAAUCCAAUACAGAUCCAGUGGACUCAAAUUUCGCAAUCAAGUAUGUAAUGAUCGACACGGUGAAAGGAUCUUUGAUGAGACCGUGUUUGGUUUUGUAACCACGAAGUGCAGCAGUGGCGCCUUCACCAAGGGAAUAAUAGAAUCUCACAAUUUCAAUGCGCCUACUGACAUCCAUCGUAAACACUUUCAGCACGGAGGUAAAAGAAGAACAAGCACGUUGACAGUGUUUGAAAAUUACCCAUGUACCGAACAGUUGUUGUAUAAAAACAAGAAACCAGAAGCUUACAAUUCAUACUUAGGCACUCGCCAAACAAGAUACAACGAAACUACUCACAAGGUUACUGAAAACUCUUCGACAGCCCACGACCGGUUUUGA